GUCCCUCUUAGGAAACAACCUGGAAGGCUAUUUGCCCAAGACCUGGACCAAUCUGGUCAACCUGCAGAAGCUGUCUCUGGGAGCCAACAAAUUCCAAGGAACCAUUCCCACAACAUUCUCGGCCCUCACAGGCCUAACUGAAAUAGACCUCUCGUGGAAUCAGCUGUCUGGCACAAUACCCCCCGUAUUCGCUACCAGCAUCCAGUCAAUAUCACUCGGUUACAAUACCUUCAGUGGGCCCAUCCCACCACACCUGGCAGCACUGCCCAACCUCUCUCAGCU